UAACGUAGUGCCACUCUAAAAUAACGAAGUAUGAUUUUACUCUGUCCAGUAGUCCCACGAUUGUCAUAGAAACCACUACAGUUUGUGUGUUUAUGGUGUUUAUAAUGGGGACAGACUGCAACACCAAGUUUCACGCCAGAGACGAGACACACUCGCGUUUAGACAAUUAAAACCCGUCCGAGGAGAAACAAAACGUCUCCAACAUGAUAAGACACACGUCUCUUGCGGCCAGUCGUGUCCUCUCUCCCAGCCUGCGCCGAUUUUCUGGCGGUGAAGUGGCUGAAGAUGUGUCUGAAUGGCCAACCUCUCCAGAUGUCACGACGCAGGCGUCUCUAUACGUGCACUGGCCUUAUUGUAUCCGGAGGUGCUCUUACUGUAAUUUCAACAAGUAUAUACCCAGAGACAACAACCAUCACAUCAUGACUGAGUGUCUUCAGAAAGAAACUGAGACACUGCUGCAGCUCAGUCAAGUGUCUCGCAUCACUUCUGUGUUUUUUGGUGGUGGGACUCCAAGCCUGGCUCCCCCCUCAACCAUCGCUGCCAUCCUCGAAACUGUUUCCCAGCAGGUGGGUCUCUCAGAUGAGGCUGAGGUUACACUCGAGGUAAACCCUACCUCCACCGGCAGGUCGAGGUUAGAGGGCUACCAUCAUGCUGGGGUGAAUCGUUUCUCCAUUGGGGUGCAGUCUUUACAGGAUGAGGACUUGAAAAGUCUGGGAAGAGAUCACAAUUCUCACGAGUCUUUGCAAACUAUCGAAGAGGCCAGGAGGCUGUGCCCUGGCAGGGUGUCAGUGGAUGUCAUGUUUGGAAGACCCAAUCAGACAGUUGAGUCCUGGGAAGAUGAGCUGUCUGGGCUGCUUAAAGUGUGCGAUGACCACGUGUCUCUGUAUCAGUUGACUGUUGAAAGAGGUACGCAGCUGUUUAAAGAGGUUCAGUGUGGACGAGUAACCAUGCCUGCUGAAGAAGUAACAGCAGAGAUGUACCAGCGUGCCAGGAAGGCUCUCCACCAACAUGGCUUUUUGCAGUAUGAGGUGUCCAACUUUGCAAGACAUAAAUCAGUGAGUCAUCACAACUUGAGCUACUGGAAAGGAAAGCAAUACAUCGGUAUCGGCCCAGGUGCACACGGACGGUUUGUUCCUCUCGGAGAGGGAAGUGCUGUUCGCGAGGCUCGGACCCAGACUCUGGAGCCUGAUGUGUGGAUCCGUGAAGUCCAACAGAGGGGACAUGGGACACGGAGGCGGAUACAACUGAGACAUCUUUCACUAUUGGAGGAGGUGUUGGUGAUGGGGAUGAGAAUGACACAAGGCAUUAAUCACAAGCACUGGGACUUGUUUAGCCCUAAAAUGGGCCUCCAUGAAGUUUUUAGUGCAUCUGUCGAUGUCCAAGAGCUGUUGCAGAGCGAACAGCUCAUUCUUGAUGACAGAGGUCUGCGAUGUUCCUGGGAAGGUCUGGCCUUACUGGACAGCAUACUUCCAGUGCUGCUGGUGGAGCUCGAAAGGCAAAUACUUUGUACUCUACAUAGGAAAGCUUCUAUGAGUGCUGGUGUACAAACCAAGACAAACUCCAAUCCUCGAUGACAGUUAUGUUAAUGGGGGCAAAUAACUUUAUAGAGAGCUUGUUUGUGGGUUUGGUUGAGGCUGACAGAACCCGAUUAAAUAUACAGAUAAAAGAUGUCUACAUACCAGCAGAAUUUCUGCAGAAAUAUCAGCUUCCUGUAUUCAAUGUACAGCAUUCCGGGUGCCUUGCAAGGAGUUAUAAAAGUCUAAUCCAUUACUCAUUAUUAUUAUCCUGCAGUUUCUUGUCUUAUUGCCCCUUAAUGAUAUUUGAAAUAUCAGAUGUUAGUUUUUCUUUUAAAUGCUUCUUAUCAUUUAAUUCAUUCGCAUGCAGGAAAUAACUCAUUAAGUCAUUUUACAGCCAUCUGAGCAUCAUUAUUAUUCUGUCAUUAAACAGGAAAUUGGGCUGAUAUGAGAACCUGUUCAGAUGUGUCUCCAGAGAAUUCAUGUAAUAUUUGCUGCCUUUGUAAAUAAACAUGAUGAAUAAAGCUUCCUGCUUAUUUAAAUGGCAACCAUGAUCAGAAUACUUACAAAUAAACUACAUUUUACAAAGAAAAUCCUUUCUAACUAUUGUUAGAUUAGUAAAUGCGUGUGUAUUGAAUUAAACCCAGCUAGAGUAAAGCUUCCUUUGUGAAACAGUUUAAUUUACUGUUAAUUUGAUUUUAAAUUAGAAGGAAAUUAAUCAAUGAUUCAGAAGGAAAUGUGAUGCAGCAGCAUUUGCUGUAAACUGUUGUGAAAUAUGACUGACCCACUAAUUUGUCAGGAGUGUUGGAAUUGAUGAUGCCCUUUAAGAUCUGAGAAAUCGCCCAGUGGGUUCUCUCCAUGGUGCUGAUUUCAUCACUGCUCCUAUUUUCACUCCCCUCCUCUUCUUGUAUAAACGAUGCUUUAACGCCUUGUUUC